CUUCUUUACACCGUUAUCGUAUUUGAAAAGGUUCGGUUUUGAGACGACAGAACAGGUUGCAGAGUGUGAAGCAGCAGCACAGCUCGGUUAGCAGCGCGAGGCCCCGCUGGGUUCAUAGCUCGGUUCUUACGUAGUCACCGUCUUGGCAGACUGUUUCAAGACAAGAAAUAAAUAAAUAACACAAAUCCAGGACAGGAUUAUGGAGCCUACCCAUAGAGCAAAAGGAGGCAGUAAACACAGAAGGGGAAAACAUACACAAAACCCUCCUAGAACGGCAAAAGAUCCCAACACUGGAGCCCAGAACCACCAGCAGAACGGGCCGCUCCGGUCCGACAUGGGCAAACAGUCUGGGUCAGUGGAGGAGAACGUGGGUGCCCCUGCCAGCAGGUCCGUAACCAAGCCAAGAAGAGCAGCUCGGGGCGGUUCUGAGGCGUCGCACAUCAGUGACUGCUCCCCCUGCGCGCAGCCUGCAGCAGCAGGAGACGGGUCCGCGUUGCCGGGAGGCCGAGAGGGUCGUCACUGCCAUGAGACGCCACGGAAACCAGGUGUCCCAGCCCAGUCCCGGCAGCGCAGGAACAUCGAGUCCUGCGAGACUCAAGAUGGCGGCGCCGGUGUGCCCUCCAAGCAGCUGCGGUGGGCAAGAGAACCGAAAGAGCAGGUCAGCCAGUUGCGGGGCACAUGGGGCAAGGCCCCUCCGAUACCCCAGCGGGGCACCCAAGGCUCCUCUCCACCCCUCUGCGACCCCAGCAGCCCACGUGGUGGAGAGGAGCGGGCGAAGAACAGGAGGAAGCCCAAAGCAGAUGUAGACGAGAUGGUGGCCUCACCUGGAUGGGACCCCACAGGUGGUCAGGAGCCACGGCGUGUGCGGGACAAGGCCAAAGACCAGCAGGGGCAAGUGAAGAUGAGCUCACCAGGCAGUAGCAGCAAGAAGAGCAGGGGGCCCAGAGGCAUGCGGAGACACCUGUUUGAGGACUACAUGUCCUUACGCGAGGUAUCCGCAGGGCUGAAGAGAGGAGAGCUCGUUCAGGGGGCGCUGAGAAUUAACCCCAGGCGGUAUCACGAAGCUUUUAUUUCCUCUCCUGACGGAUCGGCGGACAUCUUCCUGGACGGGCUCGUGGCCCGUAACCGGGCUCUGAACGGAGACGUGGUGGUGGUCCAGCCUCUCCCUCCCGAACGACAGAAGGUGGAGAAUGCGGUGGAGAGCGAGAAGAGUCCCCCAGGACACAGUUCUCCUGGCCAGGGCAGGCACUCCAGCCCUGACAUUAUCGUGGAGGCCCAGUACAGUGGGGACGAGGAAGAAGUGUUGAUCAAAAUGGAGGCUGUGAGUCUCCAGGACAAAGUUCGUGCCGUACCAGAAGACUCAGAGCACUCAAAUAAGCACAGCACUUCUGGCUCAACCUCCGAGAAAGUUGUUCAAAGGACUGGAAAGGUGGUGUAUAUUACGGAGUUGAAGCACUCGAGAGCAGCAUCCGGCUUUAUUAAGUUCCUCCCAGACAAGACCUUUGCGUUGUUCUCGCCCGUUGACCACCGGGUGCCCCGGGUGAACGUGCCCCUGACUGACUGCCCUGCGGACUUUAACACCAGGCCAGGCGACUACACCAACACCCUCUUCAUCUGCGGGAUAACGCACUGGCCAGCUGAUAGCACCUUUGCAGAAGGGCGACUGGCGAAAUCUUUAGGCCAAGCAGGUGAGAUCGACCCUGAGACGGAGGGGAUCCUGGCCGAGUACGAUGUUGACUGCUCAGAGUUUCCAGCGGAAUCCUUGGCCUGUCUCCCCCAAAACCUUCCGUGGACCAUCCCAGCUGAGGAGCUCGCCAAGAGGAGAGACCUGCGACAAGAAUGUAUAUUUACAAUCGACCCGGCUACAGCCAGAGACCUGGACGAUGCCCUGUCCUGCAAGCAGCUUCCUGAUGGGAAUUUUGAGGUAGGAGUUCAUAUCGCCGAUGUCAGCUACUUCGUGGAGGAGGGCAGUGCUUUGGAUUUGGUCGCCAGCAGACGGGCCACCAGUGUAUAUUUGGUGCAGAAGGUAGUCCCCAUGCUACCCCGUCUCCUGUGUGAGGAGCUGUGUAGUCUAAACCCUCAGGCUGAUCGUCUGACCUUCUCUGUAAUCUGGACGCUGUCCCCUGAGGGAAAGAUCCUGAGCGAGUGGUUUGGUCGCUCGGUGAUCUGCUCGUGUGUGAAGCUGAGUUACGAUCAUGCUCAGAGCCUAAUCGACGCUCCAGAUAAAGGCUUCAGCACAGAGGAGCUCCCGCCCUGCGCCCCUGCGCACCCCAUCCGGCACAUCCACCAAGCCGUCCUCCACCUGCACGCCCUCGCCAAACACCUGCGGGCCCAGCGCUUCGAAGGUGGAGCCCUCCGACUCGACCAGAUGAAACUGGCGUUUUGCCUGAACGCAGAUACGGGCUUGCCUCAGGGCUGCUACGUCUACCAGUACAGAGACAGUAACAAGCUGGUGGAGGAGUUCAUGUUGCUGGCCAACAUGGCGGUGGCCCAGCAUGUGUACCGGUGGAGCCCCAGACUGGCUCUGCUACGCCGCCACCCACCCCCACAGGGCCGCAUGAUGGACGUGCUGCAGGAGCUGUGUCAGCAGAUGGGCCUCCACAUGGACCUGUCCUCGUCUGGAGCGCUGCACAAAAGUCUGAAUGAGACGGUGGGGAAGGAUCAGUACAGCGCUGCCAGGAAGGAGGUUCUCACACACCUCUGUUCCAGACCAAUGCAGAUGGCAGUGUAUUUUUGCGCUGGGAUCCUGCAGGAUGAGAAGUUGUUCCGUCACUAUGCGCUGAACGUUCCGCUCUACACGCACUUCACGUCCCCCAUCCGUCGCUAUGCCGACCUCAUCGUCCACCGUCUUCUGGCUGCCUCCCUCAAGUGCGGACCCCGUUUGUGUCUCACUGAUGAAGAGGUACAAAAGCAGGCGUCCCACUGUAACGAUAAGAAGACGGCCUCUAAGAGGGUCCAGGAGCUGAGCGCAGACCUCUUCUUCAGCGUCUUCGUCAGGGAGUGUGGCCCUCUGGACUCUGAGGCUAUGGUGAUGGGGAUGUUGGAUAAAGCUUUUGAUGUCUUGGUACUCAGCUAUGGUGUUCAGAAGAGAAUCUACUGUAAUGCUAUUGAGGGGCUCCAGUCUUUUCAGUUCCGCAAGGUGGGCAAGCGACCUGAGAUGACCCUCAUAUGGGCCGCCGAAGACCAGGAGCAGAAGCCUGUCAGACAGGAGAUCUCCCUGUUCUCCCUCCUGCAUGUGCAGCUGAAGGCAGAUGGAGCACCACUCAAAUACAGCGCAGUACUGAAGAGACCUCCACCCCCUCAACACUGACACACCUCCACACCCACCUGUGCCCACAGCUGUACAGCAAUACUGACCAAAAAAUGCGCGCGCACACACACUCAUCUACCCACACAGAUGCAGCGCCACUCAAAUUCAGCACAGUAUUGAGGAGACCUCCACCCAUUCAGCCUUUACACACACACCCACCAAUCCACACCCAUACAUCAGUACUCAACAAAACAAUGCACGCACGUACAUGCACACACCCGCUCUUAUCUCUGUGUAACACGCUGCUAAGUCACAGACAUGACUCUGUCCCUCACGUGCUUGGUGUUGGCGGGGCUCGGACAGCCAUGAGAUAUGGGUGGUCCUGAGGCCGGAUGGGCCGUGUGCUUUACGUACGUGGAGAAGUAGCGUCACUGGGCCUCAUCCGGGAGACCCUGCGCGCUCGGAAUGGCCUUUCCGGUUUUAUGAUGCGUGUUUGCGUUUUGUAGUGCAGCCGGUGAGGACCCUGUAGUGGAGGAUGGGGGUGGGACUCGCACACUUUAGUUCUCUUUGUUUACUUUGUCUGGUCCCCAGGCCAGUGCCACAUGGCUCCAGUGUACAGACACGCUGUUUUAUAUUUAUUAGAAACAUUGCUUUGCCUUUUGGACCGUUAGAAUUUUGAUUUUUUUUAAAAACCCUCUCGGGCCCUGGGGGGUUUUGGGGGAGGGGGCACCACACCUGCUUAUGCACACAUGGCAGAGGCCCGGGAGGCCGCCAUGGGCGGGGCGGAGGGUCUGGGCUUACAGACUUUGGUGUGUAUGGGAGACCCUUUUUAAUCUUUUUUUUUUUUUUUUUUUUUUUUGAAACACUCGCAAGGUAUGUAAAAUGACAGGUACCAAUACAGGCAGAUGGGAUGACAAACACCUGACCUGCCCAGGGUACCUGUGCAAGAAUUCCAGGUGAACUACAGUGACAGGACUUCCAGUGUUGCGUGAAGUGGAAAGGUUGGACGCACGAUCUUGCUUAUGUUGUCAAAAGGUCAUGGUUCGCGACAUGACCUUCACACUGCAGUGACUGCUGAACUCACGCCAGAGCUCCAGUCUUUCAGCAAGCGGCCCCGUUUCUCCGACGUUUAUUCCAGGGCCUGUCUGACCUGUCUGGUCCAGUUCCAGGUAAGGUCCUUAAUCUGCAGAUACAGCCCGAACAGACCUGUGUCUUGGGUAAACUUGUCAGGAUAUACCAUUAUGAUGAAACCUUGGGCUUUAUAGUGAGGCUAUUGCAGAAACAAGCUCCAACAUCUGAAGUUGAAAAAAAAUUCCUUUUAGAAGUUGUGUGUGUGUGUGUGUGUGUGUGUGUGUGUGUGUGUGUGUGUGUG